AUGUUCUGCAACGCUUUGCUCACUGCCCCAAAUUCUCAAGGAAUUUACAUGUACUUCCUGGAACUUGAUUUGGAGGAUUCUAACAGUGUCCUCUAUGACUACAUGCUGGAAAUAGAAAGCGGUUUUCUCAGAGUUUUGGAUGGAAGUGAUUGCGGUGCAGAUGUUAUAUACUUGUACAGAGGGAACUCGACAUUCCAACCUCGGACGAUUUACAGUACUUCAAAUGCUCUGGUCAUUGUUCUGGCAGUGCCAAAAGAAUACGUUGAUCACAUGUACUCAAGCUAUUCUUUCCGUGAUGCGAACUCUAACUUUUUCCAUAAUACAACAGUACCCGAAAGAACCUUAAUCGACUUUACUUCAGCCGAUACAACAAAACAGCCUAUAAACAGGUCAACGGCGCCCAGUGCCACCGAGCACCCUGUCGACAGCCAAAGGAGAACCUUAUUACCCGAAAGAACCUUAAUCGACUUUACUUCAGCCGAUACAACAAAACAGCCUAUAAACAGGUCAACGGUGGAGUUCAAGAAGACCAGUGAACACGGAUACACCGGGAAAGGAGGACGUUUAAUGCCUGCGAGCUUGUCAAUGCUACUUUUGUCUGGAUUGCUGCUGUCCCAUUGA